UGCCCCCGGAAGCAGUUCCUCGGCCUGUGACACGUAGCAACAGGGCUACCGCCGGGUCUGGAGCUGAGUUGGAGGGUUUACUAGGGGCCGCUGGAGCUACAGCCGCUACUGCUGCCGCCGCCGCCUAGGCGUUUGAUCGUUGGCAAUGUCAGGCUUUGAUAACUUAAACAGCGGUUUCUACCAGACGAGUUACAGCAUCGACGAGCAAUCUCAGCAGUCCUAUGACUAUGGCGGAAGUGGAGGACCCUACAGCAAGCAGUAUGCUGGCUGUGACUACUCGCAGCAAGGCCGAUUUGUCCCUCCAGACAUGAUGCAGCCACAACAGACAUACACUGGGCAGAUUUACCAGCCAACUCAGGCCUAUCCUCCAACAACACCUCAGCCAUUCUAUGGAGACAGCUUUGAGGAGGAGCCCCCUCUGUUAGAAGAGUUGGGUAUCAAUUUUGACCACAUUUGGCAAAAAACGCUAACGGUGCUACACCCCCUGAGGGCAGCUGACGGCAGCAUCAUGAAUGAGACGGACUUGGCAGGGCCAGUGGUGUUCUGCCUUGCCUUUGGGGCCACGCUGUUACUGGCUGGCAAAAUCCAGUUUGGCUACGUAUACGGGAUCAGUGCAAUUGGAUGUUUAGGAAUGUUUUGUUUGUUAAAUUUAAUGAGUAUGACAGGUGUGUCAUUUGGUUGUGUGGCAAGUGUCCUGGGGUAUUGUCUUCUUCCCAUGAUCCUGUUGUCCAGCUUUGCAGUGGUAUUUUCUUUACAAGGAAUGGUAGGAAUUCUUCUCACUGCCACAAUUAUUGGAUGGUGUAGUUUUUCCGCUUCCAAAAUUUUUAUUUCUGCAUUAGCUAUGGAUGGACAACAACUUUUAGUGGCAUAUCCCUGUGCUUUGUUGUAUGGAGUCUUUGCCCUGAUUUCUGUCUUCUGAACUGAUUUUGUCUGGGACAUGAAUAUCAGUUGGCCGAAUUCAUAAAAAGGACCUUGGACUCUUCAAAUUGGACCAGCAAACAACUGCAGUGCAGCUCAUUCCGCUUCCCAAUAGCCUGGAAGUGACAGAAAUAGACAUUUGUUCAUUUGUACAGGACAGUUGAACACUGUGGAGUCACCUGAGUCGGCUAGCUCUGAGUGUUUGUGCUUACACAGCUAAGAAGGACGAUUUCUUUCCUGAUCCUACAGCCUUUAACAACUCUUUUUCCUUACAAAUUAUAAUAGGAUGUUUUUGAUAGAUUUGUACCAAGUGGAAAACCAGCCACAAAGCUGAUAAUCUUUCUCAAAAACAACCCAGUUAUAGUAAAGAAAAAACAAGUUUUACUGCAGAAAUAUUUUUCAUAGGAAUUAGGAAAGAAAAUAGUUGCUGUGUCCUCAAGUUAAGUGCACUGAAACAAAGCUGAACAAAACCAAAUUCCAACCUAGAGCUUUUUGAGUUUGCACAUCAAAUAUUUGACAUUCCUAUAAAUUGUCUCAUGAAACCUAUGCUGAGAUUCAGAGAUACAAGCAGUUCACAAUCUACCUUACUAUAGAGAUGAAAUAUGAACAACUAUUUAGACAUUAGUGUCAACUAAAUCUGGACUGGCCACGUGAAUGCUUAGUUCUGUCUCCACAUGUCCCACAAAAAAGGAAAUCACUAAGGUUUUUGAGAAAACAAUAUUUAAAAUUUCACAAUUUCAGUAUUGCAUUAUCAAUGUAUAGUGGAUUUGAUGCUUAUUAAAAAUUUCCCAAUUAA